AUGCAAAUAGCGGAGCCCGUGACCUCGUUCCGGACCUCUGCAGGACUCGAGAAGGUCGUGGUCGCCGUGCGCGUGCGCCCCCUCACCGAGCGCGAGCGCGCGUGCCAAAGCCGCCAGGCCGUCGUCAUCCAGGGCCCCAAAAUCACGCUCUACGAGGAGCCCCCGCGCGCGCACCGCGCCACCGACCAGUCGGGCGCGAGCGCGCGCGCGCGCCGGCCGACGGAGUCGAUUCCUCCCCUCGGGGCCCAGGAGUUUACAUUCGACCUAGUGCAGAACGACAGCGAGCUAGGGGACGGGGGGAUCCCCCGGGCGAAGGCCGAGCUGCAGGAGGCCCUGUUUCAGGCGCUCGGGCACCAGUCGCUGAACAGUGCGCUAGAGGGAUACAACGUUACGAUGUUCGCAUACGGCCAGACCGGCGCGGGCAAGAGUUUCUCCAUGAUGGGCGAUUCAACGGAGGAGGGGGCCGGUAUCACCCCCCGGCUGGCGGCCGCGCUUCUGCAGCGGCUAAAGGAGAAGCGGGACGCGGGCACAGACGUCUCGGUAGAGGUCACGUACCUCGAGAUCUACCGCGAGCAAGUGCGCGAUCUGCUCGCGCGCACCAAGGCCCCCGCGUCCUACUUCCAAGACGGCGACUCAGAGCGCGACGACUCCGACACCGACCGUGACGCCAGCGAACCGACCAGCGAUUCCGAGCAGAGCGGGGCCCCCGGUUCCCGGCCCCGGGCACCCUCUCUCCGCGUCAUGGUCCAGGCGAAACUCGCGGCGCAGAGGUUCGUAAAACGCGCGCGCAAAGCGGGCGCGGCCAAACCCCCCGCGACGCGGUUCGGGAAGAGCCAGGGGGAGGACGGCGACGCGGAGGAUGACGUGGGCAGUGACGUGGCGUCCGUGGCGGAGUCCGAGGGGUCGGUGGAGGCCCCCGAGCGGGCGGUCCGGGGCGGGGUUAGUCAAACCAAGGCGGUUAACCAGGGGGCGCGGGCCACGCUCAAGAUCCGGGAGCACCCGGACAAGGGGCCGUACGUGGAGGGGCUGACGGAGCGCCACGUGUCGAGCUGGGCGGAAAUGGCGGCGCUGCUGGAGGAGGGGUCCCGAAAUCGGACGAUUGCUGCGACGGACAUGAAUAAGCUGUCCAGCCGGAGUCAUACGGUGUUCACAUUGACCGUUACGCAGACCAAGGCGUCCCCCGAGACCGGGGUACCCUUCCGCCGGGUUAGCAGGAUCAACCUGGUGGAUCUCGCAGGGAGCGAGCGGCAGAACCGGACGAAUGCAACCGGGGCGCGGCUCAAGGAGUCGGGAUUCAUCAACAAGUCGCUGUCGCUCUUGAAUGACGUCAUCACGGAGCUGGCACGUGGCAGCGACUUCGUGCCGUACCGCAACUCGUCCCUCACGUGGCUUCUCAAGGAGAGCCUGGGCGGUAACAGCAAGACGGUGAUGGUCGCAAGCAUCAGCCCCGCGGAAAAGGACGUGAAAGAGACGCUCUCGACGCUUCGGUACGCAAACCGGGCCAAGCGCAUCAAAAACAAACCGGUCCUCAACGAAGACCCCCGCGAAAAGCUGAUCCAGUCCCUGCGAACGGAGAUUGAGUCACUUCGGGCGGUUGUUCAGAGCAUGGCAAGCGUUCCGGCUGCACUCGUUGUGCCCGGGCCGCAAUCCCCGGUCGCGCAACUAGAGAGCGCGACAGAAAUACUGGGCGGCGAAGCGCCGAUCGGGAAAGAAACGCUGGCAACGGCUCGCUUGGACCCGCUAACAGAGAAUUCGUUCUUCAAGGCGCACUCCGUCGCGUCGCGGCUCCUCGGCAGCGGACUCGGUGACCGGAACGGGAACCCCGACUCCCACCCCGACUCCCCGACCUCGAGCAUGUUGACUCCGGUGGAAGGCUUCUCGUCCCGAGUCCUCGAUGACACGUGGGACACCAUCUCUGCCAAUCACAGCCGUCCGAUCGAACGCGCGCGCUCGCACACUUGGGCGGACGCGGCGCGCAUUCUCGUUGGGGGGGUGGUUGGGUCGUUGGCGGGACGAAUCAGCCCUAGGGGGAGCCCCCGUGCCUCUCCGAAGGGGCUCAAGGACCUGCUGGAGCAGCGGAACGGGAACGGAAAGCGGCCGGAACUGCGGAUCAGGACGCGGCGCUCGUCCGAAGCGAGCGAGGAGAGUUUCAGUGUCACCAGUGCCACGGAGACGGACCCCGUACCGACGAUGGCAACGGAAGGGACGGAAACGGAACCCGUUCCGGCGACCGCAACGGAAAGUACCGAGACAGAGCCUGUUGCUUGGCCGGAAACGGCAACAGAAGGGACUGCAACGGACGGGCUCAUUAUGGCAACGGCGGAAACGGAAACGGAUCCGGAAGUCAGGGCAGUCACAGUCACAGAGGGAACGGAAACGGAGGCUCCGACGCCAACGGUGUCCAGCGGAACCGACGCCUUCUUACCGGAAUCAAGGUCGGCAGGAACGGAAACGGAGCCCGGGGUGGAAACCGCUGCGUCCUCCACGGAAACGAGUCCGGCCGACGUUGUAACGGAAGGAACGGAAACGGAGGCCCCAAAGUUGAAGAGCGCCGCGACGGAGACGGAGACGCCGCCAAAGGUGGUGGACGACGGAACGGAUUCCGGUGUCUCGUGUACAGAUGCUCGAAGCGGAACGGAGGAGGUCGUUUUUCGCGACAGCAUGACGGAUCCGGUUCCGCUUGAGUUGGCGUCUAGCUCUACUGAGACGGAAUCAAACGGUGUAGAUACGGUCACCGAUACGGAAGGGCUUGUAGCGUAUGCUUCAGCAGCGUCCGGAACGGAGAUAUUGAACACCGCGAACGCCGGAACGGCGACUGACGUCAUCAGUUUAUUGGACAACGGAACGGAUUGCGAACGCGCGCAGACUUCAGAUAGAGCUACCGAAACGGAGGCGGCAGUGAGUAUGUCCAUUGACUCAGCGACGGGACCGGAACCGGAACCGGAGCCGGAAGUGGAGAAGCGGAUUGUCCACGUGGCAGAACCGCAAUGGCGGAGGUUUGAGGGCUUUUCGUCGGCGAUCGGCGCCGCGUCGCCUUUCCUCGUGCAGCUGCUAGUGGGCAGCGACCACAAGGGGUCUCCUAGACCGGAACCGGAAACGGAAGCGGACAAGGAAGCCGGAACGCCGAAAGACGAGACGCGGCUCCUGGAGAAUUCCGCGUCGAACCGGAAGCUGGUUGCCGGGUUGAGAGUUUUGAGGCGGCUCGGAAUUGCAGUAGACGAGUCGGUUUUGUUCAGGGAAGCCUCGGGAGAGGGACUACUGGCGCAUGCUUUGGAACGGGAGGAAACGUCUGGAGACGCAUUGAAGGCCAGCUGGGCGGUGCACGUCCUGGCGCCAGGUGUCAACAGCAUCGGGAGUGAUCCAGCGGUCGGCUUCAAGCUUCCAGGGGGGCUGGCGAAGGAGCACAUUGAGAUGGUGGUCGCCCCCCCCGCCGCGGGAAAAGCGAGCUGCGCUACCGUGAUUGCCAGGUCGCUCAACGACGCGCCGGCGCUGCUGAACGGGAUGCCGCUGCCGCGCUUCGCCGAGCUUCGCAACGGCGACUGCCUCCUUCUCGGCGACCCUUCAGCCCUGGGCGACGGCUCGAGGGCGGCCGCCCUCUUCUACUUCUUUAACCCGCUCUGCAACCUGCCCACUUUAUUCCAGUCCAUUUUGGCGCCCAAAACUUUCUCCCCUCCUGGGUCACCCGUUCCUUUGAGCGCGCGCGCUGUGGGGACUUCCGGCGACCAGGAGAGUGGGCGGGCCGGGUUCAAGUCGCCGCUCUCGUUGCUGCUUCGGCCGUUGGAUGUCCGGCCCCCGGGGCAGGAGGCUGCCACGUGGAGCCUAGAGGAUGGUCCGGUGCUGGAUGUGGAGACGUGGGCGUUUAUCAUGGCUGACGAGUUGCAGAGAAGCGGCUCCGUGAGCAACCAGACCGUCGGCGCCUUUCUCGAAGACGUCCGUACGGGCGAGUCCAGCUUCAGCCGCAAGCUCGCGCGCCAAGAGCCUCCCGCCAUCACCCCCGCGAAGCUGCCACGCUCGCCACGUGGCCUCAGCUUCUCGCACAAGGGCCCCGAGAGCCCGCCACGUGGCCUCAGCUUUUCGCAUAGGGGUCCGGAGAGCCCGACACGUGGCCUCAGCUUCUCGCACAAGAUCCCGGAGAGCCCGCAUCACCGCCCGCGCGAGAGCCCGUCUCACCUUCAAGGGCACCUUUCGAGAUCGAUGUUCCUUUAGGAGCGCGCGCACGUUUUAGACAAUGGAUAGCAGAAUAAUUCGCUGGGGCGACUGCUCGAUAGUCUAGGGGCCACCCCUCCGUACGAGAGCACUCGAAGGGAAGGGAAUGAGCGAAGUAGAAUAGCUGACUGAUCGAAUAGACAUACCGUAUAGACAAUUUUUGCACUUUGAUGUCCAAUGAUUACAGAACACGUUGCAUCUCCGGCUCAAUUUUCUAGCUGGUAUACCAGCCCCCCGGAACACGCAAAACUUGCACCAACAUGUAUUUUCUGUUUGAAACCUGUGAUUGAAGAGGAGUAUCCCGUAUUCCAAGGUACU